AUGUCUUCUUCAAGAGCUGUUACACCCCUUAUCAUCUUGUUAGUAUUGUUUUUGCAAGCUAAAGCAGCAGAUUCAGCUGAGCCAUGCGACCCAAAUAUUUGCACACUGCCCGACUGCUUCUGCAGCGGAACCAAAAUCCCUGGCAAUUUAUCACCGUUUUCGACACCUCAGAUUGUAAUGAUCUCAUUUGAUGCCGCUUUGGUUGACAAUGCCUUUCCUCUGUACGAAGAGCUAUUCAACGGCAGGUUGAAAAACCCCAAUGGUUGCAACAUCUCUGCUACAUUUUUCGUGUCACACGAGUACACGAACUAUUGCAUGCUGCAAACGUUGUACCACCAACGCCACGAAAUCGCUGACAACUCCAUCUCCCGUCGUCUUCCACAAACCUGGUGGGCAACUACAACCGAGGAAGAACAGGAGCAGGAGAUAGGAGGCAUGAGAGAGAUUUUACGCAAACGGGGCAACGUCCAAGUGGAAGAUAUCAUGGGUUACAGGGCUCCCUACAUCCAGGUUGGUGGAAACACGGAGUUCAGGGCGCUUCGGAACCUGGGUUUCCUGUACGAGUCUUCGAUGCCUACUCAGGUCUUUAGGGACCCACCUUUAUGGCCUUAUACGCUGGACUACCAAUCAACCCAAGAUUGUGUUAUCGAGCCUUGUCCGACCGAUUCUUUCCCGGGACUGUGGGAAGUUCCAUUAGUAGACUAUACCGACCUGAACGGCAAGCUUUGCAAUUUCGUCGAAUCUUGCACUCUCCCUAAAACUGCUAUGGAGACUUACGAACUCUUCAAUACCAACUUUCAGCGCCAUUACACGACCAACAGAGCUCCCUUUUACAUGCUCUUAGAGGAACAGUGGCUCGCUAACGGCACUUAUUACAAAGGAACCGUAGACUUUCUAAAAACAUUGACGUCCAUGAGCGACGUAUGGAUAGUCACGGUUUCCCAAGCCAUUGAGUGGAUCAAGUUUCCAACAUCACUAGAAAAUAUUGAGGACUUUGUUCCCUGGAAAUGUGAUUCCCAACCCCCACCCGACUGUCCUCCUGGUACUUGCAAAACGUGUUACUAUCCCCCGGAUCACGUGAUGAAGACGUGCGCCCCGCUGUGUCCGCCAAAUUACCCAUGGGUAGGAAACCCAGAUGGAAACUGAUCCAGAUGAAAUUGGACCUGAAUGGAAACUGACCCGGAUGAAACCUAACCCAUAUAGUUACUGACAAAGGGCGAAUGCUCAUAACGUUAGCUUUAGAAACUCUUUUACCACGUCCCGAUUAUGCUCUUAAAAUGCUGGAAAGUUGCUCAUCGGAAUAUCAAAAGUUGCUAAAAUUUGGAACCUUCUUCCUGUUUCAAUCAAAUCUAAUUUGUCAAAUCUUAGCUUUUAGACGAAAAUGCACGAGUUUUCUCUUCCUGUUUCAAAUAAAAUCAAUCAAAUUUUCCUAGCUUUGAGGCGAAAAUGCACGAGUUUUUACUUAAAUGAUCACUAAUUUGGCCGAGCUGCACAUUUGCAGCGCUUAUUCUUUUUUGAAUACAUUGUUGAAAGUGAGUUGAAUCGGCUUCCCGGGUAAUCUCGCCUUCUAUAAAUUUUAAAGCUGUAGAGAAAUGUUGUUUUGUAUUUUAGAAAUGCAAAUAAAUGAUGAUGAUGA